UGGUGAAGUUAUUUGCAUUUCAGCUGUAGUUUACAGUAGAUAUGAUAUGCACAGUAUUACUACUAUCCAAUCGAAAAGAAAUAUAAUGCAUAAACUGAAAGUAAACAGAAGUUUUGUUAAAGUACGCAAAGUGUUUCAUGGUUCAAAUAUAACACUGAAUACUUCCCAAGUAUCUUUUCAACUAGAUCUGAUGACACAGUGGAAUUUCACAAAAUACAUUCUUAAAAUCUGCAACACAUAUGGAUGCACAGAUAUCAAAAUAGAUAUAAGAAUUGACACCUCAAACAUUCAAGGAAGUACAAGAAGUAAAUACCAAGACGUAGAAAUAGUGUUUGCAGCAUUAGCAGUUUUGUCUGUUCUAGGAGUUGGAAUGACUGUUGCAUUUUUAAUAUGGAAAAGAGUUACAGACAAAAAUAAAAGCACACUAAGUCAAACAGAGGACUUAAGGGAAGACACUCAAGGUCAAACAGUGGAAAAUCGACUGUACCAGUCUGGAGAGAUUGUGAAUUCAGAUAAUCCUGCACAUGUAUUACAAGCAGAAGCAAAUGGGGGAUAUGUGUAUCGUGCAGUAGCAUCAAGUAGUCAAUCUGAACCAACUAGAACUGAUAAAUGUUAUCUAUCUGGAUCACAUUUGAAUUACGCAGAAGUUGUGUUUGAGGCAGGACCUUCGUCUAAUUCAAAUAUCAUACAUGGGGCUAAUGACAAAACAAUUUACUCAGAGGUCAAUUUAGCAUUAAGUGCCAGAUUCCAUCAUGACUGUAGUGAUACAAGUAGUGACGAAGACUUUAUAUACAUAGAUGGAAUUGUAAAUCUUGAGAGAAAAAAUGAAAUAAAAUGAAGGUUCUAAAGACAUGGUUCAAAAAACUAUGGGAAAUUUAUUUUAUAGAUUUUAGUCUGUUUCUUAUAUUUUAUUGUUUUGAUGUGUAUCUUUCUAACAUUUUAUGUGUGAGUGUCAUUGAAGAGUUUAGUACAGUGUUUAAGUGAUCCUCAAUUUUUUAUUAUAUUUGUACAAAUAA